AUGAUGGACCGGUUGAAUCUGCUCUCGAAGUCCUUUCUACAUAGCAGCCCCGGGUUUUCCCCGCGCCGGCGGGGGGAGAAAGACGAGCCGCAGGCACUCGUGGCGGGAGCGGCAGCAUCGGCAGCAGCACCGGCGGCGAGAAGAGGGACCACCGGCAGUCAUGUGUUCCCCGCGACGCCGACCGUCGGGACGGCCGGGGUGCAGGCACUUACGGAUAGAGCGGUACCAUCGGUAGCACAGCACCGGCGGCGAGAGUGGUGACCCCCGGCGGCAGGGGUUUCCCCCGGCGGCGGCGGGGGAGACGGCCGGGCAGCAGGCUCUCGUGGCGGGAGCGGCAGCAUCGGCAGCAACACCGGCGGCGAGAGGGGACCACCGUCAGUCAUGUGUUCCCCGCGGCGG